UAACGAUAAUCACCAUCCCAACAAGCAAACUCGAUCAGUGUGAGCAAACCUGAGUGUACAGAGAGGCAUCCAAUGGGUAGCCAUGGCUCCUCCUUCUCCAGCCUCCCAGCCUACCUCCGGGCACUGGCUCACACCCCCACCCGCCUCGCACGCCGAGCCGGCUCCGUUUCCACCUCCUUCGCUGAGCUCAGCCAGGUCCGAGCCCGCUCCGGUCCUGACAUGAGGAGAACGCUUCGAUGGUUCGACCUCGUCGGUUUAGGCAUAGGCGGCAUGGUCGGUGCCGGCGUUUUCGUCACCACCGGCAGCGGUGCGCACCGCGCCGGUCCCGCCGUCAUCCUCUCAUAUGCCAUUGCCGGCCUCUGCGCCCUCCUUUCCGCCUUCUGCUACACCGAGUUCGCCGUCGACAUGCCCGUCGCCGGUGGCGCCUUCAGCUACCUCCGCGUCACCUUUGGUGAGUUCGCGGCCUUUCUGACCGGCGCGAACCUCGUGAUGGACUACGUAAUGUCAAAUGCCGCCGUUGCAAGAAGCUUCACCAGCUAUCUGGGCACAGCUAUCGGACUUGCCACUGCUAAAUGGAGACUCACGGUCCCUUCACUCCCUCACGAGUUCAACGAAAUAGAUAUCGUUGCUUUCGUAGUCGUUUUGAUAAUUACCCUCAUCAUCUGCUACAGUACGAGGGAGAGCUCGGUGUUGAACAUGGUGUUGACGGCGCUGCACAUUUUGUUCAUAGCGUUUGUGAUACUGGUGGGAUUCUGGCUAGGGGACUGGAGAAACUUGACGGAACCUGAAGACCCGAAGAAACACCCAUCCGGUUUCUUUCCGAACGGAGUGUCGGGCGUUUUCAAGGGGGCAGCCACGGUUUAUCUCAGUUAUAUUGGAUACGACGCGGUCUCGACCAUGGCCGAAGAAGUCCGAGACCCCGUCAAGGACAUCCCUAUCGGAGUAUCGGGCUCCGUCAUCCUCGUCACCAUUCUGUACUGCCUCAUGGCCGCUUCAAUGUCGAAGCUCCUCCCCUACGAUAUGAUCGACGAGAAAGCGCCAUUUUCCGCGGCGUUCGGGGGAAAAUCGGACGGCUGGGGAUGGGUGUCGAACGUGAUCGGCGUGGGGGCCAGCUUCGGGAUUCUGACGUCGCUGUUGGUGGCGAUGCUGGGGCAGGCUCGGUACCUGUGCGUAAUCGGACGGUCUAGGGUGGUCCCCGCCUGGUUCGCAAGGGUUCACCCAAGGACGUCCACGCCCGUCAACGCCUCCGCUUUUCUUGGAAUCUUCACGGCAGCCAUUGCCCUUUUUAUCGACCUCAAUGUUCUCCUCGACUUCGUAUCCAUCGGCACGCUCUUCGUCUUCUACAUGGUGGCAAAUGCCGUAAUCUACAGACGUUAUGUUGUCCUGGGGACAACCAAUCCGCGCCCAACCUUAUCGUUCUUGUGCUCUUUUACCCUCACCUCCAUCAUCUUCACCCUCGUCAGUCAUCUUGCGCCGGCGGGAAAGCCUAAGGCUUUCAUGCUCACUGCUUUUGGUGUUAUUGCGCUCGCAAUAUUGCAGAUUUUCCAUUGCAUGGUCCCACAGGCAAGGAAGCCCGAACACUGGGGUGUACCUUUGAUGCCAUGGAUACCUUCCAUUUCCAUCUUCUUGAACAUAUUCUUGCUGGGGUCUCUGAGUGGGCCAUCCUACGUGAGGUUUGGAUUCUUCUCGGCUCUAGCUGUCCUAGUGUAUGUGUUCUACAGUGUUCACGCUAGCUUUGACGCGGAAGAAGAUCAUGGGUUUCAUCUGGGUCAAAAGAAUGGUGAAAUUAGUAUGGAAUCGAAAGAAAUUGAUCAGGAACCAAGUCUCAAAGUGUAGAAACCGCUUUUGCUUUUCUUCUUUCUUCUUCUACUCAGGACUUGAAGAACUAUUUUUGGGUUGAUGGGUACUAAAAAAGGUACUGCUGAAAGGAAAAAUGAAGAUAAGAAUAGAAUAUGCCAAUAUGGCAUCUUAGGUGCAUAUUUUUGCGUAAGUGGAAGAAUAGUAUAUUGGGAGUUAGGCUUGUAAGGUUCUGAGCUCUCCUUUGUACAUGAUCAAUUAGCUCAGCUGCUAAUCUUGCUAAGCUGGAUGUAUGUUUUGAUCUUUGUUUAGUCACUUUGCUUAUUUCUUAUACACUCUAUUAAA